AAUUGCUUUAUAUGUAAGUGGCGCUACUAGAAUUUGUAGGCUAUGAUUGAACCAUGAACUUUCCACUAACGGCGGCGGCGGUUUUGGCUACCACUUUUUUAGUCCUCGUUUUUAUUCACAGCAUAUUUUUCCGGCGUAGCAAAAAUGCUGUUCCAAAAGUGCCGGCAGCCGGCUUCGCCUUGCCUAUAAUCGGCCAUUUCCACCUCCUCGCCUCAAAUGAGCGGCCAGCCCACAGAAUCUUGGCGGACAUGGCCGACAAAUACGGCCCUAUAUUCCGGCUGAGGCUCGGCGCCCGCGAGCUCGUGGUGGUGAGCGACUCGCGGAUCGCUAAAGAAUGCCUCACCGUCCACGACGCCGCCCUCUCGGGCCGGCCAAAGGCGAUUUCCUCGGAGCACUUCGGCUCCAACUACGCCAGCUUUGCGCUCGCCCCGGCCGGCCCGCUCUGGCGGGAAAUCCGCAAGGUCGUUGUGCUGGAGCUGCUGUCCAACCGCCGUUCUGACGCGCUCAGGCGCGUCAGGGAAUCGGCAUCGGAAAAAUUCGUCCGGGACAUCUUUCGGGCCUGGCUGACGGCCCGGAAGAAAGGUCUGUCCGAAUCCGAUGACGUUUUUCUGAUACUUGACAUGAAGGAGUGGUACUGGAAAUUAGUGAUGGGCGUAUUGUUCGGGAUACUCUUCGGGGAGAUGCACGAGGAAGAUUGGAGCGGGGCGGUGGCGACGGUGAAGAAAUUCUUUAGCCUUAUGGGUGCCCAGGUUGUGGGUGAUUACCUGCCAUGGCUGAGAUGGAUGGACAUAGGAGGUUAUGAGAAGGAGAUGAAAGGUGCUGCCAAGGAGAUGGACAAUCUUAUGGAGAGGCUGCUUCAGAAACACAAGAGUGAAAAGGGGGUGAAAUCUAAGGAGGAAGAGGACUUCAUGGAUACAUUGAUUUGCCAUUUUGAUUGUGGAAAAGAAACUGUGGAUGGUUUUGAUGCUGAUACACUUGUCAAAGCAACUUGCACGACUUUGUUGGGAGCAGGAACAGAGACAACUGCAAAUUCGUUAACUUGGGCUUUGUCUUUAGUAUUGAACAAUGACAGUGUGCUAGAGAAGAUCCAAGGUGAGCUUGAUAUGCAUGUUGGGAAAGAAAGGCUUGUCAACCACUCUGAUCUAAACAACUUGACUUAUCUUCAGGCUGUGAUUAAAGAAACAUUCCGACUGCAUCCACCAGCACCCGCCUUGUUACCCCAUGAAGCUAUACAAGACUGCGUGAUCAGCGACUACCGCAUCGUGAAGGGCACGCGGUUAUUGAUAAAUGUGUCAAAGAUUCAUCGCGAUCCAAAUUCUUGGCCAGAUCCUGAGGCAUUUGAACCAGAUAGGUUCUUGACAAAUGAGCACAAAGAAGUGGAUGUGAGAGGGAAACACUUUGAACUAAUCCCUUUUGGAAGUGGAAGGAGAGUGUGUCCUGCAGUUUCUUUUGGACUUGAAAGUGUGCAAUUGGGUUUAGCCAACGUUAUUCAUGGGUUUAAUGUGAGAAGGCCUUCAGAUGAGCCGAUUGACAUGACGGAAUACGGUGGCCUAUCUGGUGGUAAGGCAACUCCAUUGCAAGUUCUCAUCACCCCACGAUUACCUACUCGUAUCUACCUUAAUUUGAAACAUGUAACUUGAUAAAUCAAAAGUUUGUGUAUUACUUUUACACCGUGGGGUCGGGGAGGAGGGCUGGGGAAACCCCGAGUUUCGAACCCGAGACCUCUCGUAUGGGGGAGAGGAAGCAGCGAUUAGCUGAGUUGGACCGUUUUUUUCAAAAGUGUUUGUAACUUGAUUUAUAAGUUAACUAGAAAUAAAACCCGAUUUAAUAUGUAAUUAAAGCUUAUUUGUGAAUGAUAUGGCGUAUACCAUGAUGUAUUAACUUGAUUUAUAAGU